UCUUGGUGCCACUUCAUGCAAAAGAGACAAGGAGGAAAAGAAAAACGAGUUCCGAGAAAACAGUUUGAGAGCGUCCACGACGUCAAGGAGUCUCUUCGCCGUAACACAGAACUUUUCUAUUCUGUGUUGCCGGGAAAGAAAAUGGCUGAGUCUGGGGUCGUAAGACGACCUAGAAAACCUUUUAAAGUUGGCAGGCAAAACAAAAUUUUUAAAGGUAUAGUAGCGAAUAGCCUGUCUGAAUUGAAGUCUAAAUCGUGUCAGGUAUUUGGGUUCGGCUCCUCUGUUGAACUACAAGUAUUUUUGGAAGAAGACAUGACUGAGAUAGAAGAUGAAGAAUAUUUCAAUUUUCUACCAGAACAGACUAGGUUUCUUAUUUAUACGGCCUCAGAAGUUCCAGGAAAAGAAAAGGGACUAAGCUUCAUAGCUUUGCCAAAUCUGGAUGUAAUGGAUGAGGCUCAUGAGCCAACAAAGUUGCCAGAAAUGAAAUGCCCAAGUGAUGAAACAUUGCAAACCACAAAAAUUCUCGAAAACUUUGAAACCAAACUGGAAUCGAAGAACCCAGACAGUGCUUUGAUGUGUUCACCUGUGGAAUGCAGUGAAGAACAGCCAGAAACAGAUACAUUCUAUUGUCAAGCAAUUGAUAUCCUGAAUAAGCUGGAAUUUGAUAAACUUGCAGAGCAGAUGAAAUCAUUGCAAAUCAACACCAUUGAGAAGUUGAAGGGUGUCGUUGAUCUAAUCUAUGAAAAGGGAUUGUCAAACCCAAAGGCAUGUGCAAUGCUUUGUUAUGAGAUUUCUGAAACGAAAAUGCGAAUAGAGGACAUCAAAGGAUCAAACGUCAGCUUCAAAAAAAUUCUUCUGAACAAGUGUCAGACUGAACUUGAAAAAGAAAAAUCUGAUGAACAGCAGCUCGAGAGUGAGCAAGAUAAACGUUAUGAGAAUGCCGAAAAACAAAAGGCCUGGCAACAGAAUCUGGUCUUCAGAAGGCAUGAAAUCAAGAGAUGUUCUCUGCAAAAGAUCAGAUUUAUUGGAGAGUUGUUUAAUCUUAAGAUGUUGACAGAAGCAAUUAUGCAUACAUGUAUCACCAAACUGCUGAAAGACCGCGUCGAAGAGUCGUUGGAAUGUCUGUGCAAGUUGGUAACGACCAUUGGAAAGGAUAUAGAUCAUGAAAAGGCUAAGCCAUGGACCAAUAAAUAUUUCGAUCAAAUAGACAAGAUUAUCAACCAGAAAAAGGUUUCGUCACGAAUCAUAUUCAUGCUUCAAGACUUGAAGGACUUGCGGCAGUCUAAUUGGGUUUCUAGAGUGGCAUUGGAUGGCCCCAUAGUCAACAGAGAAAUGACGAGCAUUGGAUGCCCACAAAGUUUUUCUGUUGACUAUGAUACCCCCAAGACAAUCGGUGAAAUUCAUAAGGAGGCCAAGCAGGAAGAAGUUCAAAUGCAUAUGGCGCACCAGACAGCUACUAAGCGGAAAUUAACGAAGAAAGGUGGUAAAAGAAAAACCGGGAGCCGCUUCAUUCCAGAAAACUAUGAUUCCAAAGUUGAAUUGAAAAAAUCAGAAAAUGCUUGGGUGCGUUCGUCUGAGAGAGCCAAGGAACCUGCUGGAGAAGGGUCAGAAGUAGAGGCACUGACUCGUUUAGCUAGAGGCAUUCUGAAUAAACUGACCCCACAGAAGUUUGAUAAACUUGUGGAGCAGAUGAAAUCAUUGCCAAUAGACUCUGUCGAAAAGCUAAAGUGUGUAAUUGAUCUGAUUUUUGAGAAGGCGUUAUCAGAGCCUAUUUCCAGUAAAUUAUAUGCUCAACUUUGUGAUGAGAUUUCGAGAAAGAAAAUAUCAAUAGAAAGUGGCAAAGGAUCAAACGUCAGUUUCAAAAGAAUUCUUCUGAACAUGUGUCAGUUUGAAUUUGAAAAAGAAAAAUCCGAUGAACAGCAGCUCGAGAAAGAGCAAGAUAAACAUUAUGAGAAUGCCGAUGAAGAAAAAGCCUGGCAAGAAGAGCUGGCCUUAAAAAGGCAAAAAACUAAGAGACGUUCUCUUGGUAACAUCAGAUUUAUUGGGGAGCUGUUCAAUCUUAAGAUGUUGACAGAAGCAAUUAUGCAUACAUGUAUCACCAAACUGCUGAAAGACCGCGACGAAGAGUCGUUGGAAUGUCUAUGCAAGUUGGUAACGACCAUUGGAAAGGAUAUAGAUCAUGAAAAGGCUAAGCCAUGGACCAAUAAAUAUUUCGAUCAAAUAGACAAGAUUAUCAACCAGAAAAAGGUUUCGUCACGAAUCAUAUUCAUGCUUCAAGACUUGAAGAACUUGCGGCAGUCUAAUUGGGUUUCUAGAGUGGCAUUGGAUGGCCCCAUAGUCAACAGAGAAAUGACGAGCAUUGGAUGCCCACAAAGUUUUUCUGUUGACUAUGAUACCCCCAAGACAAUCGGUGAAAUUCAUAAGGAGGCCAAGCAGGAAGAAGUUCAAAUACAAAUGGCGCACCAGACAGCUACUAAGCGGAAAUUAACGAAGAAAGGUGGUAACAGAAAAACCGGGAGCCGCUUCAUUCCAGAAAACUAUGAUUCCAAAGUUGAAUUGAAAAAAUCAGAAAGUGUUUGGGUAUGUUCGUCUGAGAGAGCCAAGGAACCUGCUGGAGAAGAGUCAGAAAUAGAGGCACUGACUCGUUUAGCUAGAGGCAUUCUGAAUAAGCUUAACCUACAAACAUUUGAUAGAGUUGUGGAGCAGAUGAAAUCAUUGCCAAUAGACUCUGUCGAAAAGCUAAAAUGUGUUGUUUAUGUGAUCUUUGAGAAGGCGUUAUCAGAGCCUAUUUCCAGUAAAUUAUAUGCUCAACUUUGUGAUGAGAUUUCGAGAAAGAAAAUAUCAAUAGAAAGUGGCAAAGGAUCAAACGUCAGUUUCAAAAGAAUUCUUCUGAACAUGUGUCAGUUUGAAUUUGAAAAAGAAAAAUCCGAUGAACAGCAGCUCGAGAAAGAGCAAGAUAAACAUUAUGAGAAUGCCGAUGAAGAAAAAGCCUGGCAAGAAGAGCUGGCCUUAAAAAGGCAAAAAACUAAGAGACGUUCUCUUGGUAACAUCAGAUUUAUUGGGGAGCUGUUCAAUCUUAAGAUGUUGACAGAAGCAAUUAUGCAUACAUGUAUCACCAAACUGCUGAACGACCGCAAUGAAGAGUCGUUGGAAUGUCUGUGCAAGUUGGUAACGACCAUUGGAAAGGAUAUAGAUCAUGAAAAGGCCAAGCCACGGACCAAUCAAUAUUUCGAUCAAGUAGACAAGAUUAUCAACCAGAAAAAAGUUUCGUCACGAAUUAUAUUCAUGCUUCAAGAUUUGAAGGACCUGCGGCGGUCUAAUUGGGUUGCUAGACGAAUAUUGGAUGCCCCCUAGUCCAUCGAUGAAAUUCGUGAUGAGGCCAAGCUGGAAGAGAUUCAAAUGCAAAUGGCUCAUCAGCAAGCUGCUCAGAAAUGAUAAUUGAACAAAGAUAGAAUUCAUUCAAUAAUUCAUUAAUUACUUCAUUCAUUUAUUUACUCAUUAAGUUAGUGGUGUUUCUCAACAGCAAUCUGCUGAGAAUAGACUAAUUUUGUUAUUUUUUUAAUCUGAGCGUGAUAUAUAGGUUGAUACUGACAAAUAUGAAUUUGCAAUUUUGGUAAAAUCAAUGCUCUAAAUAAUACACGCAAUUGGCAGUAUAAGUAGAUCGUUUAGAUUUUUCAAGCUUCUGGUUUCUACUGGUCGUUACUGAAAUGCAAAUGAUAAUUGAAUGCAAAUACGACGUAGUUCUCAGUAUAUGGUAACGAUAUUGCUCGGAUAGAUCCUAAAUGGACUCCACGAGAUUGUUUAUUUGAAUAUGCAAAAGUAUGUACCCUGAGAAAGUUCCCACCCAACACAUCUUUACUUUGCUAGACAUCAAUGAAUUUGAUUUGGGGAAAGAUUUUCUCUGAGGAAGCUUUCAGAAGAAAAAGACUCAAUUUAAAGACACAGAGAAAUUUGCUCAAACGAACACGAUAUUGGGGCGGGUUAUUAGGGUAUUUGUAACGUUUCUUUGGAUCCAACGAGAUAAAGAUUAUUCUCAGGUUUUAACAGACGCUAGAGUUCUAGAUAAUAAAAAAACAGAAUGUAUGAUUUGUCAGAGAGUAUUAAUUUUGUCGUUUUAAACAUCAAGAUGUAUGGUGUCAGUUUCAAGCUGAAAAAAUGUCUAGUGUGGUGUAUUCGCCUCGUUUCAAAUUUGUUAUGUAAGUUGGCUUAGGGGCAUAGAGAUGCUCAGGGACGACUUAGGCCUGCUCUCGUUUGUGUUGCUCAGCCCCGAUAUACAAGAAUUGGCGAAGAGAAAUGGUUACUUAUACCAGUUCAUUGAGUUUAGUUGACUCGUGAAAACAGACCCAGCCUUCUUUUUGCUGGCGUGGAAUAAGCAUGGCACAGGUGCUAGGGCAGGUUCCAGGCACCGCGGGCUUUAGCCCC